AUGAAGCUCGCCGUUGUUCUGCUUUCCCUUUUGUCAGCCGUGUAUACAAGUAAUGGAUACGCUCUGCGAGGUGGUAAUCAUGGGGGCAGAAAUAACGUUGCAUAUGGUCAUGGUGGUAGCGCAUAUAGUGUGAAUCACAAAUUGAAUAGUGGUAAUCAUGGUGUCAAUCAUGGUGGUGGAAGUUACGCUGGAUAUAGUAGCAGUUAUGGUGAUACUAAUGGUGGCAAUCAUGGUGGUGGAAGUUACGCUGGAUAUAGUAGCAGUUAUGGUGAUACUAAUGGUGGCAAUCAUGGUAAUGGAAGUUACGCUGGAUAUAGUAGCAGUUAUGGUGAUACUAAUGGUGGCAAUCGUGGUAAUGGAAGUUACGCUGGAUAUAGUAGCAGUUAUGGUGAUACUAAUGGUGGCAAUCAUGAUAAUGAAAGUUACGCUGAAUAUAGUAGCAGUUAUGGUGAUACUAAUGGUGGCAAUCAUGGUGGUGGAAGUUACGCUGGAUAUAGUAGCAGUUAUGGUGAUACUAAUGGUGGCAAUCAUGGUAAUGAAAGUUACGCUGGAUAUAGUAGCAGUUAUGGUGAUACUAAUGGUGGCAAUCGUGGUAAUGGAAGUUACGCUGGAUAUAGUAGCAGUUAUGGUGAUACUAAUGGUGGCAAUCAUGGUGGUGGAAGUUACGCUGGAUAUAGUAGCAGUUAUGGUGAUACUAAUGGUGGCAAUCAUGGUGGUGGAAGUUACGCUGGAUAUAGUAGCAGUUAUGGUGAUACUAAUGGUGGCAAUCAUGGUGGCGGAAGUUACGCUGGAUAUAGUAGCAGUUAUGGUGAUACUAAUGGUGGCAAUCAUGGUGGCGGAAGUUACGCUGGAUAUAGUAGCAGUUAUGGUGGUACUAAUGGUGGCAAUCAUGGUAAUGAUUAUGGUGGUAAUCAUGGUGGAAACAAUGAUGAUGGUGGAUAUAGCACUAAAUAUAAUAAAGUAUAUGGUAAGCAUGGUGGCAAUCAUAGUAGCAAUCAUUAUGGCGAUCAUGGUGGCAAUUAUGGUAGAAAUCGUGGUGAAAAUUAUGGAGGAAAUCAUGGUGGCAGAGAUAAUGUUGGAUAUGGGGGAGGACAUGGUGGUCACAGUGGUGAUCAUAAUGGCCAUCAUGGUGAAGAUCAUGGUGGCAGUUAUGGUGGUAAUUAUGGUGGUUAUCAUGGUGGAUAUAGAGGCGAAUAUUCCUAUGGAGGAUAG